AUGGUGAACCUGAGCGGCUACCGCACCUGCAACGCCAGUCAAGGCUCCAAGCGCUGGGAAUGCAACCGGCAGCACGCCUCGCACAGCCCCAUCAAGUUCUCCGAGAAGUUCCAGCGCUACAGCGCCUUCUCGUUGGGAUAUGAAUUCCAUGCCGGCCAAGAAUACUACUAUAUCUCCACGCCCACUCACAAUCUGCACUGGAAGUGUCUGAGGAUGAAGGUGUUCGUCUGCUGCGCCUCCACAUCGCACUCCGGGGAGAAGCCGGUCCCCACUCUCCCCCAGUUCACCAUGGGCCCCAAUGUGAAGAUCAACGUGUUGGAAGACUUUGAGGGAGAGAGUCCCCAGGUGCCCAAGCUUGAGAAGAGCAUCAGCGGGACCAGCCCCAAGCGGGAACACCUGCCUCUGGCCGUGGGCAUCGCCUUCUUCCUCAUGACACUCUUGGCCUCCUAGCUCUGUCCCUUCCUAUGACAGAGAGAGGUGGGGCAGAGCUGAGAAGGAGCAGGGAAUCAGCUGUGGGGCCUACAUCCUUCUUGCCGUGGUUGGGAGUGGGAUCUGACCGUACAUCUGUCUAUCUGUGCCUGCCCUCUUUGCCCACUGUCUAGGACAGGCGUUGUAGUGGAUCAGGCACAGGGGCAGCCACAGGUCCCAGGUGGCCUGUGGCUUUGGUAAUGUUUGGUACCAAACCUGGGGGCUUUAAAAGGCAGUGCUCAGGACUCCCUGCUCCCUGGUACCUUUCCCUGACCCUGGUGCCCUCCCUCUUUGUCCCCCAAGAGGCACAUAUGCCCCAGAGAGAACAAAUGAAGCUCGGGAGGUGCCCCCUGUCACUCUCCUCCGGGGCAGAACAUGGGGAGGGGACUAGAUGGGUGAGGGGUGGAGCCUCAGGCUACCCCUCCCCUGUUUACAGCAAUAAGCAUGUCCUCCUCCCUCCUCCCUCCCACACAGAGGGCUGUGGUUUGGAUUGAAUCCAAGUUUACAAAUAGACACCCCUGGGGGGAGCAGGCAGUGGACAGGGGUGGGCAUUGGGGUGCCAGACAGGCAUGUACAGACACUAUAUCUCUAUAUAUAAUGUACAGACAGACAGAGCCCUUCCCCUCUUUAACCUUGACCUUUCCUGACCCCCCCUUCCAGAUUCAGACCCCUUUCCCACCAGGUUAGGCCCCUCUUGGGACCCCCCUGGCCCCUCUUUUGUCUUCUGUGAAGACAGGACCUAUGCAACGCACAGACACUUUUGGAGACCGUAACAACAAUGCCCCCUCCCUUCCAGCCCUGAGCGGGGGAACCAACUCCCAGGACCUUGCCCUGCCCACCCUAUGUGGUCCCCACCCAUCCUGGGCCUUUUUCAAGUGCUUUGGCUGUGACUUUCAUACUCUGCUCUUAGUCUAAAAAAAAUAAACUGGAGAUAAAAAUAA